GAGCCUCUUGCCAGUUCUCUUCUCAGACUAGUCAGGAGCAACAGAGAGACAAAAGGAUGGAGCUCCUCUGGGUUGCCACAGCCACCGUUUGCUUUCUGUCCGUUUUCCAUACGGCAGAAUCUUCCACUGCUUAUUAUGACAAGAUUUUAACCCACAGUCGGAUCAGGGCACGUGAUCAAGGCCCAAAUGUCUGUGCUCUCCAACAAGUUGUGGGCACCAACAAGAAAUACUUCAGCACGUGCAGGAAUUGGUACCAGGGAGCCAUCUGUGGCAAGAAAGCAACUGUCUUGUAUGAAUGCUGCCCUGGUUAUAUGAAGAUGGAAGGCGAACGAGGAUGCCCUGCAGUUGCCCCCAUCGAUCAUGUCUAUGGUACUUUGGGCAUUGUGGGAGCGACCUCCACUCAACGCUACUCUGACAUGUCAAAACUGAGAGAAGAGAUUGAAGGACCUGGCUCGUAUACAAUGUUUGCACCAAGCAAUGAAGCCUGGGAUGCUUUGGAUCGUGAAAUUCACGAAGGCCUGAUUGAAAAUGUAAACAUCGAACUGUACAAUGCCCUCCAUAACCACAUGGUGAACAAGCGCAUGUUGACAAAGGACCUCAGGAAUGGCAUGGAUCUGGUGUCUAUGUACGACAACCAAAAACUGCAUAUAAAUCACUACCCCAAUGGUGUUGUUACAGUUAACUGCGCUAGAAUCAUCCAUGGUAACCAAAUUGCUACAAAUGGUGUUGUGCAUGUCAUCGACCGUGUGCUGACCCCUGUUGGAAAUACCAUUCAAGACUUCCUUGACGUGGAAGAUGAUCUUUCAUCUCUCAGAACUGCUGCCAUGGCAUCAGAUGUGAUGGAAACUCUUGGGAAGCCUGGGCAAUACACGCUCUUUGCUCCUACCAACGAAGCUUUUGAGAAACUUCCACGUGGAGUCUUAAACAGGAUUAUGAACGACAAGGUGGCUGCUAAAGCUCUGAUGAAGUUCCACAUUCUGAAUACACUCCAGUGUUCUGAAGCCAUCAUGAGUGGAGGUGUCUACGAGACCUUGGAAGGCAAUACUGUCGAAGUUGGCUGUGAUGGCGAAAGCUUGACAAUCAAUGGCGUCAAAAUGGUGAAGCGAAAAGACAUUGUGACAAGCAAUGGUGUCAUUCAUCUAGUAGACCAAGUGCUUAUUCCUGACUCUGCUAAGCAAGUUAUAGAUCUUGCUGGUCCUCAACAAACCACCUUCAAAGACCUGGUGUCUCAGGUUGGCUUGGCCGCAGCUUUAAAGCCAGAGGAGGAAUAUACCUUGCUAGCUCCAGUGAAUGGGGCUUUCUCCGAUGACGUCUUAACUACGGACCAGAGGAUCCUCAGAUUGAUUCUGCAGAAUCACAUUUUGAAAGUGAAAAUUGGCCUGAAUGACCUCUACAAUGGACAGUUCUUGGAGACACUGGGAGGAAAGAAGCUCAGAGUAUUUGUGUAUCGUACAGCUGUAUGUGUUGAGAAUUCAUGCAUGGUUCGAGGAAGCAAAGAGGGAAGAAAUGGAUUUAUCCACAUUUUCAGGGAAUUAAUUGAUCCAGCAGAGAAAACUCUACAUGAAGUAUUGAGAUCGGAUAAACGAUUCAGCACAUUCCUCAGCCUUGUGGAAGCAGCAGACUUAGAAGAGGUUCUUUCUCAGCCUGGUGACUGGACCUUGUUUGUCCCAACUAAUGAUGCUUUCAAAGGCUUAACUGAGCAGGAGAAACAGACCCUGAUAAGGGACCAAAAUGCUCUCAGGAAUAUUCUGCUUUAUCACUUAACUCGAGGAGUUUUCAUCGGAAGCGGAUUUGAACCUCGUGUGACCAACAUCCUCAAAACUAUCCAAGGUGGCAAAUUGUACUUGAAAGUGGUGAAUGACACUCUUCUGGUGAAUGAUUUAAAAGCAAAGGAAUCUGACCUUAUGGCGACCAAUGGUGUGAUUCAUGUCAUUGACAAGCUCCUGUAUCCCGCAGAUGUACCUGUUGGAAAUGACCAGCUCCUCACAAUUCUGAAAAAAUUGAUUAAGUACAUCCAGCUCAAGUAUGUCCGUGGCAGCACAUUCAAAGAGAUUCCAUUGACAUUUUACACCACCCGAAUUAUUAAAGUUGUUGACCCCGGGACUAAAGUAAUUGAGAGCAGCUUUGAGCCCAGCAUCCGAAAAGAAAUAAAAGUAGUUGGCGGCACCACAGUUCGGAAAGAGAUUGAAGGGCCCACUAUUACAAGGCUCACCAAAGUGAUUGAAGGGGACCCAGAAUUUAAGCUGGUCAGGGAAGGCGAGACAGUCACUAAAGUUAUUCAUGGAGAGCCUAAAAUUAAAAAAUACACGAAAAUAAUUGAUGGUUACCCUGUGGAAGUGACUGAAAAAGAAGUGACCGAAGAAAGAAUCAUUCAAGGUCCUGAACUGAAAUACACUCGAAUCACUACAGGAGGUGGGGCAGAUACUGAGGAGACUCUUAAGAAAUUGCUGGAAGAAGAGGUGACCAAGGUGACCAAAUUCAUUGAAGGUGACGGUCAUUUACUUGAAGAUGAAGAAAUCAAAAGACUCCUCAAGGGAGCUGGAUCUGAGUACACCAAAGUUACUAAAGUAAUUGAGGCAGAGCCACAGAUUAUCGAGACAGAAAUAAAGAAAAUUCAUCUGGAAGAAGCACCUGUUAGAAAAGUACAAACAUCCAGAAGAACACAAGGCUCACCACGGAGAAGAACAAGGCUCGUCAGACCUGCAAAAAAGCAGACUGUACAGAAAGAGAACUGAAGAAAAGCAACAACAAAAAGUCAUAAGGGAAAACAUUAACCAAAUCACUUGUUCCCGUUAACAAUUGGGCAUAGCAUCCUCUACCCCAUAAAAGCAGAUGGGAUUGCAUAUGGGAGGAAAGCACUUCCUAAAAGAUGCAUUAGCUGGUACGAUCCUAAAGAGCAGGGAUCAACUCAAAAUGUACCCCUUUUCUAUGAAUCCGAACUCUAUAAUUUAAAUGCAUUCCACCUGCAAGUAAAUAAGCUUUAAAGUGAGAAAAUCCAAGAGUGUAAGCUAUGUAAAUGUAUCACCUUUAGAUCAGCAAAACCAUGUGAUUUAUGUUAUUAAGUACUAUUAUGACACAGACGUUACCUUAGAAAUCAUAAUAAACUUUAAGCAAUGACAUAGGAUCUUCGUUUUCAUCACUACUUAAAACAUUUGCUAGUGAAGCUGAUAGAGUCUCUCUCCUGCACUCUCCAAAGAUAACUCUCUCAAAAUGCGAGCGUUCAGGAAUGUUCUUGGAUCGAUUACUGUACUGGCUAUCGAAGGUCCCCAAUGAAAAUAAACUUACAGUAAACACAUUAGCUUCCAUUCAGAGAUGCUUGAAUGAAGCAGUAGAUACUACAUACUUAAACACCAGCGCUACCGUUCACCUGUUCGAGGUGCAAAAGGUUGCGGACAUUGUAUGGAUUUUAAACUCCCCAUAUUUUCAACUGUGUACAUGUGGGGAUGUUGAAUGUGGGUUCUACCUUUUGUAUAUUCUUUUGUACUAUCAUUUUUUGUACAUAUAGGAACCAGCCCGAAACCAGAUUGCAAAAUCUGUUUAUGAGUCAGGCUAAUUUGAUUAGAAGCAAGAGAUGCUCUUUUGUUUUAAAUAGUGUACUCACAUACUGAUGCCAAAGUAUAAAAUACAUGCACCUUCCUUUCGUUGAUAAGGGCAGACUGAAUUUGAAAAAAGCACUUAUUUUUGGUUCAAAUGUAUAGAAAUGGGGGGCAGAGCCUUUCCUGACUUACAGAAUUCAAUGGAGCUUAUUCAUAAACAAGUGGGGUUAGCAUUGCAGCCUCGUAUGUAUUUUACAGAAGAAAACAGUUGUUUAUAUGUAUGUUCCCCACAUCCCCAAUGAAGCAACAUUCAUUUACAUUUUGUACUUUCUGUAGCUGAGUACAGAAUAUGAAGUGGCCCUUCAUUCCAGGGAUGUUAACCAGAUUAGCUUUUAGGCAUGCUUAUAGUUGACGCCACUUCCCUCUGGUUGAAACUAAACCUGAGAAGCUUUGAUAGAUUUGAAUUCGGAAAAAGAUAUGCUAUUGACUUCAGUGGAACUAAAACAAUUUAUAUUUAAGAACUUUGGCUUGUCUGAUUUGUGAAUUUGACUCUCUUGCUGAAGUCCUCUGCUUUAUGGAAUGUGUAUUCCUGUGGAAAUAGUGAGCCCUGGUGAAUUCAACAGGUCUUAUUCAUGAGCCAUUGUACUAAGUAACCCACAUGAAUCUAACAAUCAAAAGAAAUAUAUCUCCACUAUAGCGUAUAAGUACAGGAGACAAUUUUAAGGUUUGUGAAACAUUAGCCUUUAAAAAGCCUGCUCUGAAUUGUUGAAUUCUAAAACAAUCAAUGGAAUGCAUGCAACAAAUUAUUCUUGUUCAGGAAGAUAUAUAUCAACUGGUACUUGGUCCAGAAGCCUUUGCAUAAAGGAAGCCCUACCAAUUUCCAUUAUUGAUGUGGGCCUUGUUUGUAAAUUGUCGUUUUUAUAACUAGUUUAUUUGCUUCUUCUCCCAUACUUGUAUGUCAACUAUGCAAGAAUCUUUGUGAAGGGAGUAACAACAUUUCAUCAAGGUGCCUUAAUUCUGCAAAGUGUGGUUUAAAAGAAUUACAGCGUGUGCCUUUAUAUUUUUGUUCUGAAACACAUAUUCAUUAAAUAAAUUUGGCUGAAUUAUG